AUGACUGACAUGCAGGCUUUGUUAUCGGCCCUGGAUGUGUUCAGUCGAGCACCGGACAAGGCUUCGCUCGAAAGCGCAAAUUCCUGGCUCCAGGAUUUCCAACACUCUCCGGAAGCCUGGGCUGCUUGCAACAUCCUCCUUCAAAACCCCGAUGCGCCACCUGCAGCCAAACUAUUCGCUGCUCAGACUUUUAGAUCUAAAGUAACAUAUGAUCUCCACCAAGUCGCCCCUGAAAACCUACCCUCCCUUCGCGAUACAAUCAUCGCAGCACUCCACACAUACCACACCGGUCCCCGCAACAUCAUCGUACAACUAUGUCUCGCGCUGGCAGGGUUGGCGCUCCAGAUGCCGGAUUGGGAGAACCCUGUGCAGCAGAUGGUGGAUUCGUUUGGGAUGAACCCCGCUACGGUCCCGACUUUGCUGCAGUUUUUGACAACGCUGCCGGAGGAGUUGACGGGGAAUACCAAGAUUCCUGUUACAGAUGACGAGUAUCGGGACAGGGCAACGGCCUUGAUGACCAACAAUGCACAGCGGUUGUUGGAGCUCUUGUCGAUGUACUAUGGUGCCCAUGGCGUCACAAUCACUGUCCGCACCCAAAUCUUCCGCUGUCUCCGAAGUUGGCUGGUCGCAGGCGAAGUCAGCGCGUCCGAUUUCGCCCAGACACCCUUGUUCGCAGGUGUAUUCGAGUCGCUCGCGUCGGAUGAACUCUUCGACCCGGCCGUGGACGUCAUCUGUGAACUCAUUCACGAAACGCAAGAGAUCGACGACAACAUGCAGGUUAUCCAGCUCAUCGUACCGCGUUUGAUCGAGCUCAAACCCGACUUGCAAAAGUACCAAGAGGACCCCGAUAGGAUCAGAGGGUACGCGAGGAUCUUCACAGAAGCCGGAGAGACCUACCGCUUGCUAUUGCUCGAGCAUACCGAGACGUUCUUCCCCAUCGUCGAAGCCAUCGGCGAAUGUUCCGCCUACCACGAUCUCGAUAUCGUCCCUCUCACAUUCCCCUUCUGGAUGCGCCUCGCUCAGAACAUCGGAAAGAAACCCUCUGUCUCGCCUCUCUUCCUCGAGGCCUACCAAUCCCUAAUGAGGGUUAUCAUUGGCCACCUCCACUUCCCCGCCGACCUGAGCACCAUGACUGACCAAGAAACCGAGGCGUUCCGCUCCUUCCGACAUGUCAUGGGCGACACACUCAAAGACUGCUGUUUCGUCCUGCGUGCUGACACUUGCCUCCUCGCCGCGUACCAGAUGAUCACCACUGCACUCGCACGCGGGCCCGAGGCUGUAACAUGGCAGGAAAUCGAGGCACCCCUCUUUGCUAUGCGGUCGAUGGGAGCAGAGGUGGAUCCGCGCGAAAACGUUGCGUUGGCGCAGAUCUUGGAUUUGAUUCCGUCGUUGCCUACGCAUCCAAGGGUGAGAUAUGCGGCGUUGUUGAUCAUUGCGAGGUACUCUGAGUGGAUCGCGGAGCACCCGAGCUAUAUUCCGGCGCAGUUGCAGUAUGUUUCGGCAGGGUUUGAGGAUUCGGACCCAGAGGUGUGUGCGGCGGCUGGGCAGGCGUUGAAGUAUAUCUGCCAGGAUUGCAAGGCGCAUCUUGUCGAUUUCCUUCCGACGCUGCACACGUUCUUGGGCACCACUGGGCCGAAGCUCAACCAGGAGGACAGGAAGCAGGUGUACGAAGCUAUCGCCCAUGUCAUCUCGGCGAUGAAGAUGGAGGCUGCAUCGGAGUCGCUUCGAACGUUUGCUCUGGAUAUCCUGGCUCAGGUCCACAAGAUCACAACACAAGCGACGCCACCCACCAAGGAGGAUAUGACUACUGUCAACAACGGCCUGGAAAACCUCGACAUUCUCCUUCGCACCGUCGGUACCUUUGGCGAACAACUUCCCAAGUCCUGCGAAAAGACAUGCGAGCAGGCCUGGGCAGUGUUCGAUGCCUUCCUGGUCAAAUUCGGCGGAGACGUCGUCGUUGCCGACCUCGCCACGCAAGCUCUCCGUCGGGGCCUCGAUUUCUUUGGUGAUUCUGCUCUUGCGGUGGCACCGGCUGUGAUUGCAAGGAUGUCUUUCAGCUUUGAGGCGACUGGGAUUUCGAGCUACCUGUGGAUUCCGGGCAAGAUUAUUGCGAGGUUUGGGAAUGACGAUGAUCCCAAUUUGAGAGGUUCAUUUAAAGAAUUUUAUGAACGAUCUACUCAAAAAGUGGUUUCUUUACUUCAGGCUAAGGAUCCUAGACAGAUCCCUGAUGUGCUGGAAGAUUAUGUGCAAACGCUCGUCCAACUAGCCGAGCUGGCGCCAGACAUCUUCUUCGAAUCCUCAUCCUUCCCGUACGCCUUCCGUGCGAGCCUCGGUACCCUCCAAGUGGUCCAUAGCGACGUGAUCUUUAUCGGCCUCGAGCUCUUCCGGAUCAUUCUCACCCACGACGCGCUCGAAGUACCGCGGGCAGGCAAAGUGCCUCCGCCCAAGUUCCCCAUCUAUGCAGCGGCGAUCAAGAGCACGGUCGAAAAGGAAGGAUUCGAUCUGCUGACGUCGUUGUUGACUGGUCUUACGGAGGAUCAUUUCCCGGAGGAUAGUAUCUCGAAUAUCGUGGAGAUUUUGAGGGCGUUGGUGACGCAUUGGCCGACUGGGGUGGUUGGGUGGUUGCCGCCGAUGUUGGAGGGGUUGCCUGCAACGGCGGUUCCUGCAGAGGCGAAGAGACAGUUUUUGACGGAUGUGCAGGCUGCUGUCAACAGCGCGCAGUACGAUAAAGUAAAGUAUGCGAUCCUGGGCUUUACCCGGGCGUCGCGAAAAAUGCGCGAUCGAAGGAGGACGGGACUGUAA